AUGAACACACGCCUGAGGUCGGAAGUCGGAGGCGGCCUUUCAGGGCCCUCGCUGGCGUCGCCCUACCAGCCCGAGGCCGAGCGAGCCGAGUUGGCUGAGCCCUCCCAGAACAGUCCAUUCGAAAUAUCGGCGCAAGACCUCUUCGAUCCACGAUACAACCAGCAAUGGCACGCAUCAUCAGAUGAUCCUCCUCUGCAAGCCAUCGUGCAAGAUGCUCGGCCACAACUGCAAGUUGGGAACCAUGAUCAAGAUGUCUUUGAACUCUUGCUUGACCCGCAGCUGUUCGGACUCCACGAGCCAGUGGAAUAUCUGGAGAAUCCUCAGCCGCAGUUGUCGAAUCCAGUCGUCGAUCACAACGCCAGCGAGUUCACGGCGAUCGAUCCGCGAUGGCUGACCAUUGCGUUGCCAACGGCAUUUGCAGGCAGUCAGUUCGAGUGCUUUAGCAUCCGACUUCUAGAGGCCACAGCACUCGCUGACUAG